UUGCAACUGCACGGCAACAAUGUAGCAAACUUACAAAACCUACUUGUAAUCAUGCUUAGGCACAUAGAAGCAUAUUUAUUUGACGACAUAAAUUAUCAACCUAAAGUAAUAAAACCCAAAACCUAUUUCUGUGAACAUACGCACAGACUUACAUACAUACAAGUGCAGCAUAGAAGUUUAGUCUAAGCUACACAUUUUCAAACGUUAAUGUUUACAAAAAAAAUGUAGAUUUCGAUAUUCAAAAUUCCUAUAUAAGCUUUGGAGUUGACGCAGCCCAAUGCCUAAGUACUCGUAUCAUAGCAACGGCUCACAAGCCUCAUAGUCAUUGCGAUACCCACAGUUGUUAAGUGAAGUCUGGUUGUGCAAUUGUGCGCAUAAUGUGUGGAUUUUAUAAAAUUCUAUUCCUGCUGAUUUGCACUGGUGCCGUAAUGAGGAGACGGGCAGAAGCAGCACCAAAGUCUGAUGAAGCGUUGAAGGACAAAAUCAAAAUUUCCAAUAUCGCCGCGAUCGCUGAUGGCAAAUUGGAGAGAACCAAACGCGGUUUUUUAGAUUAUCUGCUGUAUGGACUCUAUGAGCACUUCGAUUAUGGCGAGGAAUCUGAUUCCGAAGAGGAUGAGAAAUACUUAAUUUGUCGAAAUUGUACGAUUCUUAUUAACCAGUCAAAUAAUGAGAGAAUGCCAUCUACCGUACCAUCAAAGGUACCAGAUAAUAUGCCGGCUGGAGUUGUACCGAACGGUAAUAAUGCGACCAACGGAGGGGCUCCUCGCUCCUCAGACGUUGCAAUGCCAUCAGAGUCAUCAGACAAUAAUAAUAAAAAAUCUGGAGAAUCACCCAUGAUUUCAGAGAUGCGUUGAAGAAUUUUUGGAAAUUCACAUAAAAAUUAAAAAAUAUCAACAUUAAUAAUAUGGGUCGAUGUUAAGAAAUCAAAUAAAAACUGAAAAAUACCACCAUUACAUAUGUGAAAUAUGCACCUUUAUAUAGACAUAUGCUUACCUAUUUUCAUAUACAUAUGUUAUACAUUUUUAAUAUAAUAAGAG